UGCACCUCUAACCUGUUCCUUGGUAUUUCUCACUUUCUACUUUAAUUGUUUAUCAUUAGGUACAUGAUGAAUGAAAUGAGUAGAGUUUUGAUUCGAACAUUUGGCCGUAAUUUUAGUAGUUCUUCAGUUGUUUUAAAAAAUGUAAAUAAAACAAGCUCUUUAGUGAUAAAUGGUGUACAUUCUAAUAGAGAACAAUAUUCUACUAGCUUUUUAUUAACAAAAUCUUUUGAAAAAAAACUUCUUUUUCAAACGUUGACUCCUCUUGGAACAAAUUUCCAAAGGAAUUUAUCAAAUGAUGUAUCAAUCAAUCAAAAUCAUGAGGGUACAUCAUCAAUGGCUAAUGAAGCAGUUAAAAUUCCACAAUCAGAAUUGCCAAAUUGGGCUUCAAGUAUGUCGGAAUGGAAAAUAGUUGAACUAGCUCAGAAUUCAUUACUGAAAGUGCAUGAAACUACAGGAUUACCAUGGUGGGCAUCAAUAGCUUUAACUGCUUUUGCUGCAAGGACAAUAAUUACCUUACCUUUUACAUUAAUUCAAAUGCAAACAACAGCAAAGUUGCAAAAUGUUCAUUCAGAAAUGGAUGAUAUUGUAAAAAAGUUAAAGAAAGAAGCUAAUACUUAUGUUAGACAAGGAUAUACAGAAGCUGAUGUAAGAAGAAAUUACAACACAAGAGUAAGACAAGAAUUAAAAAAAUUAAUAAUUCGAGAUAACUGUCAUCCAUAUAAAAAUUACAUUCUUAUUUUAAUACAAAUACCACUAUGGUUUUCUUUUUCAAUGGCUACAAGAAAUUUAUGUUAUAUGAUACCAAAAGCUGAUUUCAGUGCUCAACUCACUUAUUUGGAAUUGAUGGUUGGAGGUUUCGGAUGGGUGAAUAACUUAGCAGUACCAGACCCAUAUGUUAUUUUGCCUAUUGCAUUAACAUUAGUAAACUUAUCCAUCAUGGAGGUUCAAAAUUUGUUCAAUACUCGCGAGCUAUCAAGAGGCGACAAAAUAAGAAUUAAUAUUUUUCGCGGUUUGAGCGUAAUCCUGGUGCCGAUUGCGAUGUUUAUGCCAGCGGCAACAAACAUCUACUGGCUGUCGAGCAGUUUGUACGGAUUGAUGCAAGCCUUUUUGACGAAUUCUUACAAUGUUCGACGCUUCUUUCGAAUACCGAUAACGGAAGACGAGCUCGAUCAGCCGUAUCAACACUUCUAUAAAAAUUUACAAUCGAAAUUGCCCGCACUGUCGAAAAAAUCAAAGUACUUCGAUAGAAUGAUGCACUCGGGCCUCGUUGCCAAAGUGGUAAAAAAAACAAACAAGCAUAAAGUCAAUUGUUUAUUGGCGACAGUACAACAACAUGUCAACAAAACUGCCGGCAGUUACCAAGCUUUUCACUCAACUUGUUAUCAAAAAAAUGAAAGAUGUAUCGUUCAUCCAAUGCUUGUAAAAAAAUCAUUGACAAACCUAUUAGCAAGAGUGCCUAAUUCGAUAUCAUUGCACAGAAAUGUAUCAACUGAUCAAACGACUGUUUCAAAAACUAUGGAAAAUUUGGCAGCUGCACCUUCUGUACCAGCAUCAAGUGUGGUUGAUACGGUUGUCGCUAAGCCCAGCCCAGCGCCAAAUCCUUUUGGCAGGAUUUUAGAUUUUGAGGAUCCUAGUAAUGUUGAUGAUCCCAAGUAUGCAGAAGUAUAUAAGGAAAUGACAACUCCUAGCCCAGAUGAUCUUGUAAUAAAAUUUGGAACUUUUGAAGAAUGGUGGGAAUCUCUUUUUACUUCCAAUACUACAGUUGAAAUUUUAACAGAAUGGCUUUUAACUCUUUCUGCCGGAACUCAUUAUUCUUGGGGUGGUACAUUUGCCAUUUUUGCAGUUCUCAAUAGAACAUCAAUACUACUACCUUUUGCUAUUACUCAGCAACGAUUAGUUAAUAAAUAUGAAGUUUGUUGUGAAAAAUUGAGAAGAGCUCAAGAAAAGUGGAAAAAACAAGAUGAAACUUAUCAUUAUGGGUGGACGCAAGAACUAUUUGAUGAAAAGUUUGUUGAAAAAUCAAAAGGAGAAUUCAGAGCCCUUCUUAUCAGGGAAAACUGUGCCCAAUGGAAAGCAACUAUACUUCCUGCUGUACAAUCUGCAACGUGGAUCGUAUCAUCGUAUACUAUUUAUAGUCUGUGUACUCCAUCUGAAAACAAUCCACUUUAUGUUGAUAUUGCUUCAGAUAGUUUUUAUUGGCUAUCUGAUAUAACUGCAGCUGAUCCCUACAUGAUAUUACCCAUAGCAAUUGGUAUCACAAACUUAUUGACUAUUGAGGUACAUCAACUAUUUAGAAUGAAUAGUAAUUUGGAUUUAUUCAAGUAUACAAGUAUCUGUGGCAGACUUUUGUCAUUAGGCCUCAUACCAGUUGCUGCUCAUUUACCAGCUGCAGUUAACUUGUACUGGUUGUCCAGCAGCUUUUAUGGCCUUGUUCAAGCCUUUGUGUUAAACACAAAAAUGGCUAGACAAGGUUUUUGGAUACCAGCGGCCAUACCUGGAAUCAGAACUCCUUACAAAUUCUUUUUCAAUAAUCUGAAGGCUAGAUUUGGAUUCAAGACUGAAAGCAAAGCUUUGAGCAAAAUCUCCAGAUAA